AUGUGCCACGUUGAAGGGAAAAGAGAACUGGAGUAUUACUACUCAGGAUCUCAAGGAAUUCCACUUGUCAAACAGAAAGACAAGAAUGACAACAAGGAGCUCACUAGCUCUCAAAAGCACCAGUUACAAGCAUUUGAGAAGACAGCAAGUAAGACUCUCUUCAAGGAACAACUGCCAGGAGCAGUGAGAACCUUCAAGGAAGCCAUGCUUCAAGAGAUGGUCAAUCAAGAAAUUCCUGUGCCCAAGCCACCAAUGAGCUGGCAGGACACGACACAAGACUGGGAGGUUGCAGUUUGCACAAUCAGGUGCCGACCAGAAUACCCUCACCAGCAGGAACCCCAUGGAGCGAAAUACACAGAGAAGGAAGCCACAGGAUGGCUAGAGUACAAGCUCUGCGAAUACAACGUCCGGGACGCUAUCGCAGAUUGGAGAAUCGAUGACAUACACCACCCUAAGAAUGAGGUAUAUAAGGCUCGACGAAACAACCUGUUAUGA